CGGCGUUCAUAAGGUCACAGGGCGACACGCUUCGUUAACAAUAAGGCUCGAUUUCAGAGUCAUAGCGUGGUGGCAGGUAGUACGAUUCGAAGUGAACAGUGAGAUCUGAUUUUACCAGAACAUCGCCAAAACGAAGAUGCCAUUUGACGUAGCAAAAUGGAACGGAAAGUGGAAACACUGUGGACGUUCGGACAACUAUCAGCAAAUCAUGGAGAAACUUGGUGUCCCUGCUGAGGCAAUUCAGAAGUUCCAGGAAAACGAAAUGUCGAUGGACGUCUCGCUCUCCGGGAAGGAGUUGACGGUCAAGGUGGACUUUCUCGGGAAAACACUUGUGAACACUAACACACUGGGGGUGGAGGGCGUGGAGGAAGGGAUCACAGGGAAGAAGACUCCGUCUAUCUGGACCAUGGAGGGGGACUGUCUGGUGGCCACGUACCCUAACUUUGACGGAAACGGGCUUGUUGUGGCACAGAGACGGCACUUUAUCGACGACAACAAAAUACGCAUCGAUAUGAAAGCAGGUGAUCUGGAGGGGUGGGUGGAGCACAUCCGGUGUUAGGGCACCGAGCUGUGACGUCACUGCCGCGAAUCUGCCGUGAAGAGCUUUUGAAGAGUUGUGAUUUAGCUUGUGAUUUUUCACAACAUUUUGUUGCUAUGCAUUUCUUGUGAAAUAUUGAAUUAAUUGAUAGUUUGUUCAAGUUCGCCAUGUCUUGUUUAAUGUUAGAUUUUGUAUUAUUUUUGAUUUAGUAAGUUGCUGAAGUCGAUGAACUUUUUAUCAUUGAUUAGUAUUUCCUGUAAUAGGCUGUGUGGUAUUAAAAUAUUUCACAACACA